AUGUCGGCACCACCAGAGAGCCAGAAUGGAGCUGCCCCCCUCUACCUCCAUGCCGAACUCCUACCUAACAUCCGCCACGUCACGCUCCAUAUCUCAGUACCCUCGAAACCCCAGUCCACUGACAUCCUCCCAGACAUCUCCCUCUUACAGUCUCGUCGUGCCGUCUCUGUAGCCCUUCCAGAGCCGUUCGCGGACGUAACGGACACAAUCAAACUGCCGGCACGCGUUACCGAGGCCUCGCGCAGGCUGCUUACCGCUCGACGACAAAACGCUCGAAGCACCACAACACAUGUCGCGGCGGCUGCUGCUGCUGCUGCGGCUCCGGGACCCAGACAGGAGUUCUCGUUCCGCAUGCAGAUCGAUGAGAAUGAUGAAUCGCUGCGUGCGGCGGCAGACCAUCUGGAUAGUUUCGUUCCCUGGACUGCGGCGGAUAUGUCGCCGGCAACCCAGCUGCGGUGCAGACGAUGCGAGAACCUGAUUCUGGGAAUGCCUUGGCGUCCGGCCCCGUCUACUACGCAAUGGACCUGGAAAGAUUUACCGAGUGGGAACUGGGCUGAGAUGAUGGAUUUCUGGCACUGUCAUAAACCGGAUUCCCGCGAAGAACGUGCUGCUGCCCACGGAGACGGUGCGCGGCAAUUGACCGAGGACGAGAAUUCCAUGAUCAAGGGAUACGGGGCGUCGAACCGGGUUUUGGCAACUCCGGGUACUGUUCUUGUGGAUGUGGCGACUUUUUUGGUCUCGGAUUUGGACUGUAGAGGGUUGAAAAAGGCCUCAAAUGAAAAUGUUGACGAUAUCUCUUCGAAGACAGAAGAAGAACUAGCGUGUGAAAACUGCAACGCAUCAGUCGCCGUUGAAGACCCUGUGGCCAAAGGGAGGAGACUAUUCAAGACCAGUCUUUCGGCUGGGUUUCCAUCGACCGAGAGCAAUCCUGAAGUUAUCAGCUGGGAAAGCCAUCCGGUGGAGCUGAUAGUGGCCGCUCAACUGUUGGAGCUCAUCGAACGUGAAAGUGCCCGGAGAUUCGUCAUUCAUAGUGGAAGAGGCGACGGGAUUUUGAUAUGGGUCUUCAACCCGGAUAUGCGGUAUUCCAAUUCCUGCUCCGACCACAGCAUCACCUCGCAACGAGCCAUGAAAGUUUUCUUUCAGAGCAUUAGCAAUGCCGAGGAAGUUCUGCACCCUGAGCCUGGGAAGGCGUCUUCCUUGUCUCUGGAAGAACUGAGACUUCCUCUGAGUGAUUUCACGUCUCUCUCCGACACUCUUGAGGCAAGCAACGCCAUGCUACCGCUGUCAGCGAGACUGUUCCAAGAAUGGAGAGUUGGCAUUCUGCAUCGAUUCGAAAGAUCGAAAUGA